ACUUUCGGAAAAAACUUUGAUGAACACACUUGGUAAACUGAAAAAUGAUUCAACGGGUUUUACUGUUUUGCAGUAUAACAAUAAUUCAUUGCUCUGGCGAAAAAAAUGCGGUUGUCAAUCCAGAUAAACCGUUCCAACUCCAACAUAAAGAGUCGAACUUGUUUCUUGACGAAAAUCUAAAUUUUGUGGAACUAAAAAACCAGGCAGCUACUUUCGAGUUCGAAUCGGCAUUUGUAAGCCGCCGUGUAACGGACCGUCGUAUCAAGGAAAUAAAAUCUGGGAAAGUAUUUGCUAUUGAAGGCGGAUGCGAUGGAAAAAAUAUCACUUUGCAAAAUAAGGCUGGAGGAAAGAAUCAAUUAUUCUUUGUGUUAACUACUAGCGCCAUCCAAACAUAUUGUGAUGAAAACAAAUAUUUAACGCUGAGUAGUACAAAUAAUUUAAUAUCCGAGUAUAUCGAUUACAAAAACAAAAAUAAAUAUCAAUUUAAUUAUAUACAACAAUAGAUGUCACAUGUUCUAAAACCAUA